AUGACUCGGGGAACAGUGAAAUGGCAAGACAGCAAUGGAGUACUAAUCAAAAAUAUUAAGAAUCGCCUCAUAAGAUGGAAAGAAUUCUUUGAGGCCAAACUUAACCAUGAAUCUAUUGCCCCUAAUGUAACUGAUACGUUUGCCGAAGCAUAUGCUUGCGAGCCCCCGACAGAAGAAAAAAUAAUCUCUAUUAUCCAUAAGCUUAAGGCCAAUGAGACUCCGGGAGAAGAUGGUCUUCGGGCACUGAAUUCUUCAAAUUUUAUCCAUCGUCCUGCAAAACGCAUCUUCAACAAAUGUACUCUCUAG